AUGGGUCGGGGUGAGACGCCGGAGACUUGUCAAUGGGAUGUUGCUGCCGGGGAGUUCAAAGCCCUAGAGGAUAUGCUGAGACCUAUGAUGGCGUUUGAACCGGCAGAAAGACCAACCGCGAAACAGCUCUUGGAGUCGGAGUAUAUCGUGAAGUGGGCGAUGCCAGCGUGGGAGAGGCAGGUGGAACGGAAGAGUGCCUUGACUGAACAUUGA